AAUGGAAUUUAAUAUAUUUUUAUUUAUUUUAUUAUUUAUUUUAAAAUUAUUGGAGGCUCAUUUUUGUGGAAAUAAUAAAAUACCUUAUGGCGUUGAAGUUUAUCAUAAUGGACAGCCUGCUUUACUCUGUUCUAAACCCAAUUGUUUUGAGAAAAAUUAUGCCGAUUGUGAUGAAAGGGCUAUUCACAAAUCUUGUAAUUCAAAUACUUCGUGGGUAGGAGGAUUUGAUAAAAGCUAUGGAAAUUCACAACCACUUUAUGUCCAAUGCUGUGAAUUUGAAAUGCUUCCAAUAUUUUCUAAAGAAUUAUAUUCUAAUGUAUUAAUACGUCCUGGUGAAUAUUUUGAAGGAGAAGAAAUUUUGGAUAAAUUUGGAGAGGAAGUAUUAGCCUUUGAUUUUAUUAAAAAUAUGAGAAAAGUUGGGGAAAAAGACUCAAUUGGGUAUUUAAUUGAUAUAUGGAGGUUUCAUUGUGAUCAGAUGGUUAGACCGAAAAGAUAUAAACCUUGGAAAUGGCCUUAA